CCUGCCGUGUUGACGUCACGGUUGCCAUGGAGAGGCCGGCUCGGUAGAGACCCUGGGCUGACGGAGCUUUGAAGCGGUGUCCGCCCGCACCAUGAGCGGCCGGAGUAGGGGUCGAAGGUCUUCCCGCGCCAAAGGCCGGGGCAAAGGCCGGGCCAGAGCCCGGGUCCGUGCCGCCGAGGACGAGGCCUGGCGCGACGCGAAGUCUCCCCAGGACCCGCAGCUGGAGGAGGACGCCGCGGCCGCGCAGGUGCAGGCCGACGCUGCUUCCGGAGGCUCGGAACCAGCCGAGCGCGGGGACGAUGCGGCCUGCCGCGUCCCGCUGGACUGCGGCCUGGCGAUGCGGGCUCGGGCUGCAGACGAGCGCGGGCUGGGGGCCACUGACCCAGCCCUGGAAUUGGCCGCAUCCCUCGCCGAGCGCCUGGCCACCGACACCGGCUUCGUUGGAACCGUGGGAGCCUUGGCGAGGCUGCGACACCGCACCCGCGUUGGAAAUCGGCGAGUUCCCGGGAGGAGGGCCCCAGACGCUCGGAGCGCCGCGGGGAGGAGACCUCAGGCCACAGUCAGUGGGAAGCCAAAGAUGGGCUCUGUGGGGCCAUGCUGCGGGGUCACUGUCCCAGGGGGGGAGGAAAGGAAGGUGGCAGAGAAGCAUGCUGGGUCAGGGUCCUUCGCGAUGAUAGGCAGCAUGGAUACCCUGGAGACGGUCCAGCUAAAGCUGGAGACCAUGAAUGCACAGGCCGACAGGGCCUAUCUCAGGCUCUCCCGCAAGUUCGGCCAGCUGCGCCUUCACCAUUUAGAGCGCAGGAACCUCCUUAUCGAGAGCAUCCCCGGCUUCUGGGGGAAAGCUUUUGAGAACCAUCCUCAGCUGUCAUCUUUUCUGAAUACCAAAGAUAAGGAGGUAUUGACCUACAUGAACAGACUGGAGGUGGAAGAGCUUGGCCUCGCUAGAUUGGGCCACAAAAUCAAGUUCUACUUUGCCCCAAACCCCUAUUUCCAAAAUAAGGUGCUCGUCAAGGAAUAUGGAUGUGGGCCCUCCGGUCAAGUGGUGUCUCGCUCAGCUCCAAUCCAGUGGCUCCCAGGUCAUGAUCUACAGUCUCUAAGCAAGGAAAGCCCAGAAAAUAAUGGUAGCUUCUUUGGGUGGUUUUCAAAUCACGGCUCUAUUGAGUCUGACAAGAUCCUUGAGAUAAUCAACGAGGACCUGUGGCCCAAUCCUCUGCAGUACUACCUGGUCGAUGAAGAAGCCCCUGGGGAGAAAGGCAAGGAAGAAAGGCCAGGCCCAGCAAAACAGCCCGUGGAGACGGCCGCACCUGGGGCGAAGCAGUCCAACUGAUGCUGCAUGGAUCUCCCCACUACCUCCUGAUGGACCUGUUAGGCUGCACGUGGGGCUGGUUGUCUGCCUUCUGUGGAUGCCAUCUUAUGUACACGGCAGCCGCUUUGGACUGAUCUUCAAGAAUGUGGAAUUGGUGAUCAUGUUCUUUGCUUCCCCAUGGCCUCACCUUGUCACAGUAGUGACACAUGUUGUGUGAUCUCACUCUCACUGCUUGCAUAUUAAGCACUAAGAUGUAUGCAGCUUUACACUAUCCAGUCCCUGUUAUUAGCUCUGGCCCUUCCCACCUGUCUUUCUGGUGGACAUUCCGAGUCAUCGUCCAGAUGGAUACUCAAGCUAUGUUACUUCGUGGCCAGUCAGCUGGGCUUCCUCUUCAUUUUAGCCAUGCAUGUUAUCAAUGGCAAGGUUUUCUGUUGCCUUCACAAAACGAAGCCAGUGCACAUGGCAUUGGCCAUCCGCCAGAUUUUAUUGUUCUGUGGGUCUGGGGACAACAACCAAGGCUCUUCCUGUUUUGUUUCCAGCUUCAGCCUAGGGUCCAGCAGACUACUGGGUGUGGAUGAGGUCAAGGGCAAACAGGAGUAACUUCUGUGUUCUUCACAUCUCUUCUUGCCUCUGGGCCAGUCUAUUAGUGAACCUUCAUCCAAGUCUGGCCAUGCCUGAUUGUAGUCAGUCUGUUGACUGUUGGCUCCAAUUGACUUGUUCAUGAAAGACCUCAAGAACCCGCCUAUGGACCCAGGCAUCCUCAGAAGUGCAUGAGCUACAAACCUACCCUCUACAGAUUUUAGGAACCCUCCUGGUGGGCCGCCUGGAGCAGUGGAGGUGGUUCUUGGACCCUGUGUGCCGUCUACCAUCAUCGGCCACGAGCAACCGAAUUUCAUCCGUAGCGCCUCUUCCUGCUGCAUUGUUUAUCAAAAGUCCAAGGUACUGUUGCCGAUGCAGUCAGAUGUACUUUGGGAGAUUGGGGCUCUUAUGUUGAUAGUUGUGGGGUACACUCUAAUGAUCACAGCAAGUCGACUUCUGUAUCAUUUUGUGUAAAUUAAUGAUUUCUCAGAAGUGGGCCUUAUAAAUGAGUCUUCAUAAUUGUGAAACUCAAGGAGUGAUGAUGAGGAUAUUCUACUCUCCCCCACAUCCACAAAAGAAGAGGCCAUUCUGCUAUAAAUCUGUCUAAGAUCCUGAUGUAAGAUACCUUUCACAAUAUCAGUCUUUUCUCCUGUGUUACAUAGAGACUUUUAUGGACUGUUAGGGUUGCUGUAUUCUGUGAAAAUAAUCUCUCCAACUUAAUCUUUCACUGGUUGUUGUAGUUGAUAUUUCAUACCCUGGUAAUAAUGCGAUUAUUUCCCUGUUACUAAGCAGCAUAAAUACUUGCAAGUGUGCAUGUUUGGUGGAAAAAUAAUAAUAAAAAUUCUUGUGUUGCUGUUUUGUUUCA